AUGCCCAACCUCAACUGGAAGCGCGACGGACCCGGUCCAAGUGGCACUCUCCAGCAGCCACAAGGCGGCGCCGAUUGGGACAACACGAGUAGUUUCGGGCUCGGACACGUCGUCUACCAAGGUGUCGACCAGCCGUACACGAAUUCCCAGGGAGUGACGCACGUCAAGACGCACCAUAUCGACCUGUACCUUCAGGCAGCGGACGGCUCGGGCACCCAGUUCCUCCUAGCGGAGGGCAUCGCUCCCAAUAGCAACAACAUCGUAGACGAGCAGUUCCAGAUCCCCAUUGCGUAUGGCGGACCAGUGGGGGACUAUAGGCUUCUUGUGGAGGAGACGCAGUAUGCUACUACGGCGGGACAGCCGAUCGCGAUC